AACAAAAGUAAAUCUCAUCCUCACCAGAAACGUUGUAAAUAAUCUUCUGUGAUAAGGUCGACGGUAGAUUUCAAGAGAUUGACCACGCGUCGGUGUAACAUUGGUUUCUCCACUGAUUAUUCAUGCGAGUUGAAAAAGGAAAAAAGUAAAGAAAAAAUUACCAAUAACGGCAAAAUUGAAAAGGGGGAAGAAGAGAAGAAUUUAGGGAUUUUGGCGGCUUUAGGGCUCUCUCUCAGUCUCUCUCUACUCCCGUCGUCCGCUUCUUUUUCCAUUUCCCUCUCUGCGCUCUCGUCUUUGUCUUCUUCUUCUUCUCUAUCCCGAUUCUACGGUGGCGCUCUGAUCCCUAAAUUUCUAGGUUUUACCAUUUUCUGUUUCCAAUUUCAAUCGCGAUCCGUGCUUUUUUCGAUGGCGUCGAUUUUGAUGCUGUGAGAAGAGUUACGCCGUCGCCGCCUCUUAGUGUUCUUCGGUGUGUUAAAAAAUGUCGCCUCCUCUCCGAGAAAAAACCCUAGCCGCGAUCUAUAAUCUAAAACGCCGGAAGCGUUCUGACAAGAAGAUUUGUCGGAAGGAGCCGAAUGAUUCUGCUAUGGCUGCUGGUCCGGUGGUUAUCAAGCGCGAAACUGAAGAUACUCCUGGAGAAGAAGAAGAAGGUAACACCUCUAGAGACAACGCCUUGGUUGAAGUCAAGUUAGAGAAGCAAGAAGAACUUGGUCUUCUCGUUACUUGUGGAAUCCAGAAACGAAAACGACUCGCUCGUGGAGCAAGAUCUCGAAGAUAUUCAGACACCAGCUUCGAGGAAAAGCCGAUUAUUAUCCCUCCGAAGCACAAGCAGCAGAGAGUAUUAACCACUCGAUGGAACAAUGAAAGGAUUAAGUUCGCAGAGCAAACCUUAGCGGAUAUUAUGAAGGAGAAAGGUGCUACUUUUGAAAAACCUGUUACGCGACAACUGUUAAGAGUUAUUGCUCGAAGCAAGAUAGGUGAUACUGGGCUCUUGGAUCAUUCCUUGAAGCACAUGGAUGGCAAAGUAACACCAGGUGGUUCUGAUCGGUUUAGGAGGUGUUACAAUACUGAUGGAUGCAUGCAGUAUUGGCUCGAAAGUGCUGACCUUGUCAAGAUUAAACUUGAAUCUGGAAUUCCUGAUCCUACUUGGGUUCCCCCAGCUUGGUGGAUGGUUCAGACUGCAUCAUCACAUGAUCAAUCUGCGGUUACGUCAAAGCUUCUUAUGGGGGAGAUUGAGCAAAUGAAGAGUGAAAUCAAAGAACUUGUAUCAAAGCAAAAUUUACCAGAUCAUGCUGAUGCAAAUGAGAAACUAUUCAAGGAACUUAAGAGUUGGAGGGAAAACACUGAUAAGCAAAUUGUGGAGAUCUCAGAAUCGUUGACUUCAACUCAGGGCAUGUUCAAGGAAUUGAAUUCGUGGAAAGAUAAAGUAGAUCAGCAGUUACUGGGAAUUUCAAACACGCUGAGCAAUCUGCAGCCGAAUGGGAGCACGUCAUUCAGUCCAGCUCAGGAAAAUUGGGAACAUAUAUUGAAGACUUCCAAUUUGGAAGAUUUUACAACGAAUGGUUUUGACCAAUGGGAUGACCUUAUUGAUGGUCUACCAGAGGCUGUCAGGCCGGAGACCUACGCGCUUCCAACAAAUCCUUGCAAAAGCUCUCUCCAAGAUCAGUCAUUGAUCUCUCUCCAAGACCAGUCAUUGGUCUCUCUCCAAGACCAGUCAUUGGUCAACGUAGAUAUGCAAAUGACAGAAAGCAUGACUAGAGGUGAAUCCAGAAGCUCCAGUCAGGAAAAAGCUGAAAUGACUCCGGGUUCUUCGAUUACUGCAGGUCCAAAAUCAGAUAUUGACGACCCAACAAUCCAGACUCAGGAAACCUUGAAGGAGUUGGUGACAUGGAAAGCCAAAGCGGAGCAGCAGCUGAUGGAAUUAUCAAACGCUGUCCUUGCUCUUAAGGGACAGAAUCAACCCAACUGGCGUUACCCGUGAAGACUAGGCACAGAUUGAUCAAUGAUUUUGCUUUAACUAGUCGAUUCCACCUGCAUAGAAUCCCUUAGAGACAUGUACAGGGUUUCUGAUAAAACUAAACCAAAAAAAAAAAAAAAAAGAACAAAGAGAGGAGGCUAGAGAGGAGUCGCAUCUGAAAAGCUUAGGAACAGGUAGGACUUAAGUAAGUCAUAUAGAAGAAGUUUGAAGUGAAAAUUUGAAGGUAGAGAUGCUUUAAUGGUAAUUGUUUUGCUGUAUAUUCUCUCUCGGAUCUCUUAUUCAACAAUGAAGCUUACUUUUGAGUAAUCUCUUUUCUUUAUCCCUUUUGCCAUAUUGUUAAGUUGAUGUCAUAUUACCACCUCCCACAUUGAUUCAGUCUUUGCUUCAAUAUCACU